AAAAAACCAUUGUACAUGAUUCUAUCUGGUUUUUUUCUUAAGGGAAGAUAUAAAAUAGAAUUAAUGUUUUUUAAAAGAGAUUAUAGAAUAAUUCAAUCACAAAAGAGAUCUCUGAAAGAUUUUAGAGCUAUAGGACCUCGUUUUGAACAAACUGAUUUUGAUUUACAGCCUCGGCCAGAUUCUGCAAUUAAGUUAAUUGAAAAUACUCCUAUUAGAUUUUCAAAACAAAGUGUUGUAUCAUGUAAUGGUGGUGACGGGUCUCUUGGUCAUCCUAAAAUAUAUAUUAAUUUAAAUAAAAACGAACCUGUCUCGUGUGGAUAUUGUGGAAUACGCUUUCAAAAAGUUUUAUAACUAUAAAUAUAUACUAUUUAAAUAUUUUGAAUAUUAUAU